UGGUUUGUCCGUCACGUUGUUUGCAGCGAGUGCCAAACCAAAGAGGAGCGGCCAAUUCAGCAGAAUGAAAACCGCCGCCGGACAACCGCCGCUUCACUCUCUGCGCUACCUCCGACGACGUCACCUCAACCGUAUCUAUGCGGCGGUUUACGUGUCGGCGAUAGCGUGCCUCCUCUACCGCCACAUCCACGCGCUCCUCCACUCUCCCACACUACUCUCCUUCGCCGCGACCUUCCUCCUCUUCAUCUCCGACGCUAUCCUGGCCUACAUGUGGUCGACGUCACAGUCGUUCCGUAUGAAUCCGGCGGAGCGGCGAGCGUUUCCGGAGAAUCUCGCGAAGGUUCUGGACCGGAGCGAUUUCCCGAGCAUGGACAUAUUCAUAUGCACGGCGGAUCCGUACAAGGAACCGCCAAUCGGCGUGGUUAACACGGCGCUUUCGGUCAUGGCGUAUGACUACCCGGCGGAGAAGCUGUCGGUGUACGUAUCGGACGACGGCGGAUCGGAAUUGACGAUGUUUGCGUUCGUGGAGGCUGCGGAGUUCGGUAAGGUCUGGCUGCCGUUCUGCAAUGAGAAUAACAUCACUGACAGAUGUCCUGAAGCUUAUUUCAGCUCAAAUUACACCAUCACUGCCGACACUCAGGAGAUCAAGAUGAUGUACGAGAGCAUGAAAUUGAAGGUGGAGAGUGCAGUGGAGAGGGGCAAAGUUAGCAGCACCGAUGAUGCACUUCAUAUUCUCCAACACUUCCGUGCUAAAGACUUCACCCGCCACAACCAUCCCUCCAUCAUUCAGGUAUUGUUAGAUUCCAAAAAAGAUAGAGACAUUAGAGGCGGGAGCAUGCCCAACCUCGUCUACGUCUCUCGAGAGAAGAGCAGCACCACACCACACCAUUUCAAGGCAGGAGCUCUCAAUACUCUUCUACGGGUUUCGGCGUGCAUGACCAAUUCACCAAUUAUCCUAACAUUGGACUGCGACAUGUAUUCCAAUGACCCAUUAACGGCCCAAAGGACCUUGUGCUACUUGCCCGAUAAGUCCUGUAAGCCCAAUUCCGGCUACGUCCAGUUUCCUCAACGAUAUCACGGGCUCAACACCGCCGAUAUUUAUGCCUCCGAGCACAAGCGUUUGUUCCUUACUAACCCUGCCGGUAUGGACGGCCUUAAAGGGCCCAAUUACGUUGGCACCGGCUGCUUUUUCUGCCGCCGUGUGUUCUUCGGAGGCCCGUUAUCAUAUAUUGGGCCGGAAAUCAUGGAGCUUGGCCCAGAUAACAUUGUAGACAAGCCCAUUAAUAGUCCAGAGGUUUUUAAUCUGGCCCAUCAAGUGGCCCGGUGUGAUUAUGAGGACCAAACCAAUUGGGGUUCUAAGAUGGGCUUCCGAUAUGGGUCGUUGGUCGAAGAUUAUUACACAGGCUAUCGCCUGCAAUGCGAGGGAUGGCAGUCCAUAUUCUGUGAUCCAACUAGGCCCGCUUUUUUGGGCGAUGUACCGAUAUCUCUUAAUGAUGCAUUGAGCCAGAGCAAGAGGUGGGCUGUCGGGCUUCUAGAAGUGGCUUUCUCCAAGUUUGGCCCAUUAACCUACGGAAUAAGGUCCAUGGGCUUUUUGAUGAGCCAAAGCUAUGCACACUAUGCAUUUUGGCCUAUCCACUCUUUCCCUGUCACUGUUUAUGCCUUUCUUCCAUCACUAACUCUUCUGCAAGGAAUUCCCAUCUUCCCCAAGAUUCACGAGCGAUGGUUUCUUUUGUAUGCUUUUUUGUUCCUUGGAGCAUACGGACAAGAUUGUGCAGAUUUCUUACUAACACGAGGAACACUUAUACGAUGGUGGAGUGACCAAAGAAUGUGGAUCAUAAGGAAUCUUUCAUCACAUGUAUUUGGAUUGAUUGAAUACAUGGCCAAGCACUUAGGCAUGGCUACGCAUGGAUUCAACGUAACGAGCAAAGUGGUCGACAACGAACAAAACAAGAGAUACGAUCAAGGGAUCUUCGAGUUUGGAGCUCCAUCGCCAAUGUUCGUGCCAUUGGCAAUGGCAGCCAUCCUGAACUCAAUAGCUUUGUUUAGUGGAUUGGUGCUCGUCUCGAAGGAUGGAUCGAGCUUGGAUGGCUUCUUUGUGCAAAUAUUCAUUGCUUUCUUUGCAGUGGCGAAUGGAUUGCCGUUCAUCGAAGCCAUGGUUUUGAGAAGGGAUAAAGGAAGAAUGCCUACAAAGACUACAAUCACCUCUGCCAUUCUUGUGGCUGGAUUGUACGGAAUAGCCUCUGUUGUAGCAAAGAUUUGAACAGAAAGAAGUUUCUUGUAAAAUAAUGUCUAAUAAGUUAUGGUAAGGACUGCUAGCUGCGAUACACAUUGGUUGUUCAGUUAGUUUGUGUUAUUGUUUUAUCGGAUGCUGCAGUUGCACCCGAUGACGGCCUCAGGUGAAAUGAUUUGAAGUGUUACUAGGUUUACCUAUGGACCAGUGUACUAAAUCGACAAGAUCCUACAUGUUAUGUUCUUUUGUCCUCUAA